AUGAGUAGAUUGUCUUUCAGGCCUCGACCACUUGACAUUCACAAGAAGCUACCCAUUGUCAAGUCCAUCAAGGACUUUGAAGACGAUGAGGCACCUGCUUCUACCCGGAAUUCCCAAUUGCUACGUGCUGUUCCUGAGGUUGAACAUGAGGUACAUCAUCAAACUCCCAGCAAGAAAUUGGCUGCGGAAAUACCUACUCCUCAGUUUGUUAUUGUGGAUACAUAUGAAAGGGACUAUUCUUGCACUUUUGCUCAACCAACUUCCUAUUUGCGGGCAAGAGGAGCUCGUGCGGAGAUUGGAGAGUUUGUUGAGUAUGACUUAGAUAAUGAAGAUGAGGAUUGGCUUUUCGAGUUUAAUGAAGAGAGGAAGAUUUUGGCACCUGAAAUGUUUGAGAAUCUUCUUUUCAAGUUGGAGGUAUUGGAUCAUAAAGCUCGUGAAAGAGCUGGACUUAUAACACCUACCCUUGGUUCACCAAUUCCUGUGCAACUACGGCUUGAUACUGCGAUUGAGGUCAAUUUUUUUUUUUGA